AUGCCCUCACCGCGGACGGUGAGGCCUGCGCCGGACCUGCCGCGCCCCAAGGAGCCCGCAGAGCCGAAGACCCCGAAGCAGCCCAAGCGGCGGGCCAGCAGCGGGGACGCGCCCAACACCCCCCACGAGAACACAUGGCCCAGCCUGGGCCUGGGCACGCUUCGCCGGGCAUUUGUCCGGGCCAGCCACCGGGUGCCCAAGCGGGCCACCGGCCAGGCCUCCGGGGAGGAGGCGGGCCGGCUGCUCCGAAGCCCCCAGCUCCUGUUCCGCUCGCUCCGCCGGCCGCGCACCUCUGACCAGACCUGGGCCACGGACCAGCCGCAGAAAACCGCCACGCAGGGGGCGGCCCACGGCCAGAAGGUGCCCACGAAGGCCAGCGGUGGCUUCAGUCGGCAGGUGUCUGCUGACAGGGAGCCAGUGGGACCAGAGCCUGAGACAGAAGACAAAUCUGUGGCCGACCUCAUCACUGAGCGGCAGCUGCUGGCGGCCUUCAAGCAGCUGCAGCACCUGGAGGAUGCGCUGUUGGCCGAGAAGGCGUCGCACACCUUUGAGGGGGACCCCACGGGCUUUGCGCGUCGGGCCAUGGACUUGUGUCUGCACUACGACGGGCUGGCGGCCGAGCUGGGGGCCGUCGUGCGCGAGACGCUGGGCCCCGACGGCGUGGACACGGCCGCGCUGGCCGAGCUGACCAGCGUGGUGCUGGCCGAGGAGGAGGCCCACCCGGUGCCCCCCGCCGACGGGGACUUUCUGCGCACCCCGCGCCGCUGGCGCCACCUGUGGGAGGAGGCGGUGAAGCGCAGCGCGCAGGAGCGCGUGCAGCGCGCGGGCACCGCGGGGGCCUCGGGGGGCGAGGUCGAGCGGGCGUCCGACCUGGCCCAGCUGCUGGCCGAGCUGGGCAGCACGGUGCGCUGCGACCUGCAGAAGGUGCAGCGGGAGGUGCAGCCCGUGUACGCGGCCGCCGGCUUCCCCGCGUGGGAGGUGUACCUGCGCGCCUUCCACGCCGCCGUGGCCCAGCGGCUGCAGGAGCUGGCGCAGGGCGCCCACGGCUGCGAGCAGCUCUACCUCCUGCUGGACUGGGCCGCCAACAUCUACGGCAGCCCUGACUUCCUGGGCACCCCAGACCUGGCUUUGCCCGCAGAGCCAUUGCCCCCUCUGCUGGCACCAGACGUGUGGGCGCGACUGGAGAGCGACUAUACCAGCUUCCUCGAGAGCAAGAUCUCCAGCUGCUUCGACAGUAUCCUAGAGCUGGAGCAGAACCGCUGGGCGGACGCCGAGCCCCCCGAGGUGCUGCAGGGCCGCUACCACACGCCUCUGUCUCCUGAUGUCCACAUGCUGGUGGCAGAGCACGUGAAGGCAGCCGGCGCCAUCUCACGGGAGCUGGAGGCCACCACCUUGCAGAUCUGCGCGCGUGGCCUCGGCCUCUUCGUGCCCCGGUUCGAACGGGCUUUCCUGGAGUCGAACGCGGUGGGCGAGCCGCACCUGUGCGCCAACAUCAACGCGGUGGAGGAGCUGCGGACCAGUCUUCUGACCCGGUUCCCAGGCACCUUUGAGGGGCUGGAGAAGCCCCUGGGGGCGGCCGCCCGCAGCUUCCAGAAGCGGCUGCUGCAGUGUCUGCAGCGGGGCACACAGCCUCUCUUCAGGGUUCUGUGCACCAAGGACUGGCUGAACCAGGACGCGCUGCAGCCGCUGCUCGACCAGGUCGAGGCCUUCGCCGGCCACCUCCAGCGUGUGGUCCCGCCGCUGGCACAGGAGACUCUGCAGGAGGCGCACCGCUUCGUGGUCCGGGACUACCUGGCGCAGGCGCUGAGGCCCCGGGAGCGCUUCCGGGGUGCGGACCGCGUGACCGGCUCGCAGAAGAUGAGCCUGGACGCAGAUGCCAUCAACAGCACCUUUGAGGACCUGGGCUCCCAGGCCACGUGGCUGCGCCAAGCAAUUCCCAGCGUGGCCGACAUCGUGGGGGAGACUUACAAGGACUACAUCCAGCGCCACCUGGAGACCCUCAUCGACAGCUACCCCGACAUCAGGCGCGACCACGUGCUGGCCAUCCUGGCACUGCGCAGACUCGGGCGCCGGCGGAACCAGCGGCUGCUGCAGCGCGCGCACGAGAUGCUGAGCGCCGAGAAGCGGGACGCUCCGGACCAUGUGCUCUUCGGGGAGAUCGAGGUGCCCACUUCCAUGGACGUGCUCAUCACCUGCAUCUAG